AUGGGAUACACUCACAGUCCAAACAGCCAGAGACGCGCCCAUAAGGGUUACAAGGAAGCCUACAAGGGCGAGACCAUCGUGGAGAGGAUUGGCGCUGCCAUGCGUGAGCAAACUUCACCGUGUUCUACUCCUAGUUCACCGUGUUCUACUCCUAGUUCACCGUGUUAUACUCCUAGUGCACCGUGUUCUACUCCUAGUUCACCGUGUUCUACUCCUAGUUCACCGUGUUCUACUCCUAGUGCACCGUGUUCUACUCCUAGUUCACCGUGUUCUACUCCUAGUUCACCGUGUUCUACUCCUAGUGCACCGUGUUCUACUCCUAGUGCACCGUGUUCUACUCCUAGUUCACCGUGUUCUACUCCUAGUGCACCGUGUUCUACUCCUAGUUCACCGUGUUCUACUCCUAGUUCACCGUGUUCUACUCCUAGUACAUGUUUACCUCUAGUAAACUACUCCUAG